CAGUGUCCGGGUAGGUCUAAGUGGUGAGGAGUGGGACCCUUGUCGUGCACCUAACACCACGAUGGACGACUAUCCGAUGUAUGGGUUGCUUGUUGGGUUCUCCCUCUGGGGGACCCUUUGGCGUCUCCUCUUUCCUCUGGGCUUCUGGCCCACGUUCACGUGUAGAGUAGGGACUCGGGGUAGUACUUCCACCCAACCUUACAUGAAGGAGGAGGAGGAGAAGAUGGCCGCCAUUCUGCAGGAGAGGAAGGAGAAGAAGGAGGCCAAGAAGAAGGCCUUGAAGGAGGAGCAGGCGGCCAAAUUGAAGAAGAUAGAAGAAGAGAUGGCCAGAGAGAAAGAGAGGAUACAGAAAGAAGAAGAAGAGAAGUUGAAAGAGGUGGAAGAGAAGGAAGAAGAUGAAACGCCACUGCAGAGGAAGAAGGGGCAAUACAGUGGCAGUAGGGAUGAGGAGAUGGAGAAGCGGAUCUCAGAGUGGGUCGCCAACUUAUCCCUGGGCGAAGAAGAAGAGGUGGCGAUGUAUAUCUCUAAGGACGAUCAGGAAGCCGCUAUGAGAGUAGGCGCUGUAGGAACCGAGGUGGGCCACCGCCUCGAUAAGACUGAGCGGUUUUGUGCCGGCGCCAUUGAAAACAUUAAAGCGGCAGCUCCCAAGGAGGAGGAAGCACGUCCUCCUCGCCGGGAGCCGGUCAAAGUCAAAUUCCCUGAUUCCUACAGUGGAAAACGGGAAGAGAACUUUGACAAUUGGGAGGCCAAUGUCAAGACCUAUGUGCAUCUGCAACAGGUCUCCCCAGAUCAGCAGGUUCUAAUUGCGAUUCACGCGCUUAGAGAUGAAGUCGCCAGCUUUGCAAGGUCCCUAGUUCGCGCUGUCAACUGUAGUGACGAUCCAGUUGCGUACUCCUCGUUCACUUCCCUCAUUGAAUUCUUGAAGCUGCUGCGCAAACGAUUCGCUGAUGUCGCUCGAAGUGUCAAGGCCUCAGACAAGCUCCAGACGAUCCAUGCUCCUAUGCCCGAAGCUUUUCGCGGGCACUUCUUCGCGAAGAGCGAAGACCCUGCCACUACUUACGAUUCCCUUAGCCGUGAGGUGGUGGCCUUUGAGGCCAAGUCUAUGCCAGUCUCCACCUUCUGGCACAAAGAUUUGGAUAAGGGAAAGCAAUGGAAGGGCCGCACUAUUUCUGGGCAAGUGAAGACUAAGGAUAGUCUUGUCCUAACCUUAGAUGAGGGUAGUGUGGAUGAGAUCCCCUACGAUCAGAUUGAGUGGGGGUUAGAGGAGGAGGACAACGGUGUGGGUCAAGGGAGAUCUUACGCUGCUGUCGCGGUUGAAAAGAGGCCGCAAGGAGGAGGACGAGGCCAGGGCCAAGAGGGUCGGGCCUCAGGGAGCCGGUUCCAGGGCGAUCAGGGGUUGGCGGCAGAGGAGGAAACCGCCAAGCGGGAGGAAGGGGUCAAGGUCCCCCGCAAAACCGUCCUAGGAAUAGGUCUCCCUAUAGGGUAGGAGGAUGGCACUCGGGGCUAGCGGUGUAUGAACGAU